AUGUCGAAUGAACGAGAAAAGAGGGCAAGACUAAGCCAUGCUUGUGAUAGAUGUCGAAAAAGACACGUAAAGUGUGAUGGUGAUUAUCCUAUUUGUGGAAACUGUAAAUCUGUCAAUGGCGAAUGCAGUUAUAGUCACCCGGGGAGUAAACGUGGUUAUGUCGAGACUAUUGAUGAUAGGCUAAGCAAGAUUGAACAUGUGCUUACAAAAUAUCUGGAGGGUGCAGAUACACAACUGCCAAGCACAGAUGCAGAUAAAGCAGAAAUUGAACCGGAUAUACCUUUACCAACUCAUGAUCUAGUCAACAUGGGUUCAAAACUUGAAGAAGAAGGGAAAUUGGAUCCAGACAAAAUCUGUGAAACGAUGUCUACAUUGAAAUUAGCAAAAUCAUCCACUGUCUAUAUUUCAUCAAAGAAGAACGGCAAUAGUGGUGGUGGUAACACGUCAAAAGAAGCAACUAAACCAACAGCAUUGGAACCACCACUACCCGAAGUAAUACAUGCAUCUCAGGAACUACCACCCAAAGAUUUAUUCGAUCGUCUAAUUCAAAUAUAUCUUGAAUACGGUUACUCGUGUCGAAUGCCAAUCAUACAUCGUCAAAGCUUCUUGAAAUCAUUGAAAGAUAAAAAUAAUCCUCCUUCAAUAUUACUAUUAAAUUCGAUAUUUGCCGUGGCGAGUGUAUUUCAAGAUGAUCCGAGAACAAGAAGUGAUCGUGAUAAACCGGAAACGGUAGGCGAUUUAUUUUUUGAACGGGCACGAGCGCUCCUUGACGAUUUUAUGGAUAGACCACGACUAUCAACAAUACAGGCACUUCAUUUUCUUGCACAAUUUUGCGUCAAAUCUAGUCGAUACUCUUGCAGAAUAUGGAUGUAUCUCGGCAUGGCAAUGUCAAUGGUAAGAGAUUUGAGCCUGAAUCGGGAUUGUUUUAAAUGGGAUCUUGGGAAAGCGGAGAAGGCUGUUCGAAAUAGAGUUUUUUGGGCUACUUAUAUCGGAGAAGUGGUAGCGUGCGCGUCAUUUGGCAAAAGUUUACCCUUAUAUGAUUUUGACGUACGAUUACCUUAUGAACUUGACGAUGACGGAGAGGACGCACUGGACGUCGUCAAUUUUAUGCAUCUAUGUAAACUAUUUAAAAUACUGGGGAAUAUUCUUCAGUCGAAACCUUAUUUUUCAAAACCGGGGUUCCUACGGAAUACAUUGCCUGCCAUCGAUGCAGCUCUAAGUUCGUGGAUCUUGGGUUUACCAUCACACCUACAGUGGUCACUACCGGCAAAUUUAGAUCCGGAACCUGCCUCAAUGACACCAUUCGCCUCAUUUAUACAUCAAAUGUACAAUACCAUUCUAAUACAUCUUCACCGACCAUACAUAGAUUCCGGAGAAUUCCCAAACAUUAAUUCCCGCCAAAUAUGUAUUCAAGCCGCCACCAACAUCACAAAGCUUGCGAUAUCCAUGCCUAUCAACAAGCAUGGGAUCUACUUUUGCUUCACCCCGACUGGCUAUUGUUUAGCGCAGGCGAGCAUGAUACAUCAGAUGUUAGUCUCGGAACCGGAGUCGAGUCAUCAUGGGAUAAAAAAUAUGCAACUAACGUUGCAGGUUUUGAGAUCUCUUGGAGGAGAAACACGAGUAGGAGGUGGAAAUUGUGGAGUUGAUGAUUGUCUGAAAAUGUUGGAGGCUCUAUUUAAGGUGCAGCUCGCAAAAUUGGAAGACAAUCGAGCGGCACGUGCUGCCGCUCGGAAAAAUGGAUACGAGGGUGGUGGAGCCAUGGGUGUUUAUGAAGAUGAAAAUAUUAAAAAUACCACUACUAAUAACACAAAUAAGGGUGGUAAUGAUAAGAGUGAUGGCUAUUAUAAUAGUAAUGGAGGAGAAGAGGGUGGUGGUGUUAAUUUGGAAAAUAAGAAAAAUAAAAUUAAUAAAAAAACGAAUGAAAUUGGCAGUGGAAAUGAUAGAAGAAAAGAUCAAGUUAAAACAAUUCCAACACCACCUCCAUCAACUCACCAGGAUAUUGGGGACCUUGAAUCAACCAAUAUCUCACCAACUGUUAUUAAAGCAGAAUCAUUACCAGAUCAACAAAUAAGCGGUAACAUUAGUGUUGGUCAAUCUUCGACAUUUGAACAACAUUCUAAUGGUCAGCUUGGACAUUAUUUUAACCCCGUACAUCCAAUUCUGUUACCUGGAUUCAAUCUUGCAUCAUUAGCUCAGCCACCCGUAGUUCCGUCAUCCGAAGCUUAUUUCGCGAAUUAUCCUGCUAGUGGCGAUCAUCAUCAAAAUAUCACUGAUCAAAUCUACAAUAUGAGUUGGACGACGAUGGAUGGUUACACAGAACAUCCACAUCAGCAUGAUGAUCGACCAACGUCUCUGCAUAAUCCUUAUAAUAACUCGGCAUUUCAAACUGCCAAUCAUCAUCAAUCGAAUAAUUCGCAGACAUCUCCCAUACCAGCUGGAUCUAAUGUUGCAGUAUCGGGUAACGUUCAAAAUAGAUCACGACAUUCUUCCACAGAUAGUAAUGAUUCGGGAAAUCAAGCGAUUUUUCGCAUGCAUCGUGAUCAAUUAACCUCACAUUAUUCAUCAUAUCCAGUAAGUAGUGAUCAGAGUCCUCCUACGAUUCUAAUCAACCCUAAUGCUAUGGUUAAUGAGGAAAUACACGGUGAUGAGAAUGGGGCAAAUCAACAGCAACAAGCAGCUUUAAUUCGACAUCAUCAAAAUCAACAACAAAAUCAGCAACAGAUGACAGCAGCUGUUGACUCAUUGGUAAUAGAAACAAGUCAUAUGCAAGAACAACCUCAACAAAAUGAUGCCUGGAAUUCGUGGCAAUGA